CUGUAAUUUUAGCAUUCGGUCGGAAAAAAAAUAUUUUGAAAAUGGAUGAAAAAAUUAAAAAUAAUAAAGAAGCCGCAGGUCCAGUUGUACCAUCCUGGAUUAAAUCACAUCUCUUUGUGGAUAUCUUAAAAGAAAUCGAACCGGAAUUCCUGUGCAUUGAAGAGUUCAAUGUGGUUGGAGCAUUGUCGCCGGGAGAGAAUUAUGCAUCGAUUAUGUUGAAAGUUGAUAUCGUUAUUAAACUAAAGGACGGCUCGAAUAAAGCACAAAGUUUCAUGUUGAAAGUUCUACACGACAAUGAGUUGUUUCAAGAACUGAUGCAAACUUACAACAUGUUUGAUGUUGAAUCUGGAAUCUAUGGAGAUGUGAUACCUGAAUUGGAGCAUAUUUUAGCCGAUGCUGGUGUGAAUUUACGAUUUGGACCCAAAUCAUAUCGUCUACCCACAAAUGAGACACACAUACUUUUGGAAAAUCUUAAGGAUAUGGGAUUUCGUAAUACCAACCGUUUGGAGGGUCUUGAUAUGACACACGUUAAAAGUGUGCUCACAAAGUUGGCCUAUUGGCAUGCUGCCUCAGCUAUGCGAGUUGUUCAAAAAGGACCAUAUCCAGAUCUAUAUUCUGCUGGAUAUUUUCGAUCGGAAUGCUAUGACAUGAUGAAGGAAAUGUUUGAUAGUUCUACCAAAAUGCUAUUGGAAUGUAUUCGAGAAUAUUCAAAUUCGAAUUUGUACUAUGACAAAGUGGCUAAACUUCAACAUCGAGUAACCGAUGAACUGUUUAAGGUAACACAAAAUCACAGUGCCGAUGUUGGGGAUAUUGAUGCUGAGGAGGAAUUCAAGGUCCUCAAUCACGGUGAUGUUUGGUCCAACAACAUUAUGUUUAAGUAUAAUGAUGAAACGGGAGAAUUGCUGGAAACUUAUCUGGUAGACUAUCAACUUCCUAGCUAUUCCUCACCAGCCCAAGAUAUAUUGUAUUUCAUAUUGACUUCGUGCAAAUAUGAGAUAAAAUUGCAGGAUUUUGAUUUUAUGAUUGCCUUCUAUCAUAAACUUCUUGCGGAAAACUUAAGACUGCUCAAAUAUCCUAAGAAAAUACCAACACUCAGAGAUAUUCAUUGCAUGAUUUUUAAAUACGGAAUUUGGGUUUUAUCAAUGAGCGUUGACAACAUUACAAACAACAACAGCAAUUCAUCAGUUCCGUCAGUUGUUCCGCAAUGGAUUGAAGCGAAUUUAUUUGAGGAACCUUUAAAACUGGUGGAAAAAGAUUUCGAAGAAAUUCUUGAUUUUAAAGUGGCUGGAGCUCUGGCGCCGGGUGAAAAUUAUGCUACUGUUAUGCUCAAGGCUGAGUUCGUGAUCAAAUUGAAAGAUGGUUCCACAAAACCCAUUACCUUUAUGUUAAAAGUUGCCCACGACAGUGAACUUUUCCGGGAAAUGAUGAAAACUCAUGACAUAUUCAGCAUCGAAGCAGGCAUGUACCUUGAUGUGGUGCCGGAAUUGGAACAAAUAUAUGCCGAUGCUGGUGUCCAGGUGAAAUUUAGCGCAAAAUCCUACAACUUACCCACCGAUCAACCUUAUAUCCUCUUGGAGAAUUUAAAAGAAAGGGGUUUCCGCAAUUUUAAUCGUUUGAAAGGUCUCGAUAUGCAACACACCAAAUGUGUCCUUCGCAAAAUGGCCCAAUGGCAUGCAGCUUCGGCUGUCAGAGUUGCCACUCGGGGCAUAUAUCCCAAAAUGUAUCUGGACGGUUAUGUUAUGGCACACACAUUGGAUAUGAUUCAAAGUAUGUAUGAGGCUUCGGGAAAAGUACUAUUGGAAGUUGUAAAGGAAUUUCCCAAUUCUCAAAUGUAUUAUGAGAAAAUUGUAAGCCUGCAUCAUGAGCUUGCAAGAAAACUUUACGAAACUGCCGAAUACAAGUACGAUGAUGACUUUAAGGUUCUCAUUCAUGGCGAUGCUUGGGUGAAUAACAUCAUGUUCCGUUAUGAGGAGGAGACUGGUGAAAUUCGGGACACAUAUUUUGUUGACUAUCAAAUUCCUCGUUACACAUCUCCGGUGCAGGAUUUGUUGUAUUUCAUUCUAUCAUCCGUUCAAUAUGAGAUUAAGUUGCAGGAAUUCGAUUACUUCAUUGCAUUCUAUCAUCAACAACUGGUGGAGAAUUUAAACCUACUGAAGUAUCCAAAGAAAAUACCCUCAUUGAAAGAUUUACAUUUAAUGUUAUACAAACAUGGAAUAUGGGGUUACAGUACAGCCACGAGUGUCAUGGCCGCUGUCUUGUGUGAUCCCACUGAAAAUGCCAGCAUCGAUAAUUUUGUGGGUGAAUCUGAUGCUGGUCUAGCAUUUAAGAGGCAAAUGUAUUCGAAUCCCCGCUAUCGUAAACAUUUGGAAGCCAUCUUGCCAUGGUUGUAUUAUCGUGGUUUGCUUGAUUUUUAAUCAAAUUGCAUCAUUAGUUUUAGGAUUGUUGAAUAGAAAUUUAUUGUUUAUAGUAAUU